GCAAGGAUCUGCCUUGAGAAGAUUCCUGCAUCUUGCAGGUCUUGUCUGAAAACGUGAACAGUGUGUAAUUUAAUCUCAACGUCUUCUCUUUUCCCCCCUCCCAGCUCUGAGAUGGCAUUCGCCGGGAUCCUGAAUGAUGCGGACAUUGCGGCUGGUUUACAAAGCUGCCAAGCUGCUGAUUCCUUUAGCUGCAAGACGUUCUUUGCCAAAUCAGGUCUGCACUGCAAAUCCAAGGAUCAGCUAACAAAAGUGUUUGGAGUCAUCGAUCGGGACAAGAGUGGAUACAUUGAGCACGAGGAACUGCAGAAGUUCCUGCAGAAUUUUGAUGACAAAGCCCGAGAGUUGACUGACAAGGAGACUUCAGAGUUUCUGAAAGCAGGUGACACCGAUGGAGAUGGUAAAAUUGGUGUGGACGAGUUUGUAGUCCUGGUUACAAAGGGUUAACGUGAUUCAAGAGGAAGACCAAGCAAAUUGUAUUGUACAACAUCCUUUCUUAUUGCAAGUCAACUAUUUAUUUAUACAUUUUAUACAGCGAAAUGGCAUUGACAGUUGCCAUCACCUUGUUUCUUAUUGUUCGGGAACUGUGUUAACUCACAAUGCACUGUUUGAUCUUUAUUAUUGUCUAGUGUUGUAAAAUUCAUAAUUAAAAGGGCUCUGUACAUCAAAAGCGGGACAAAGCUGGAGCCCAAGGGGAAGAACUUGGAUAUUUCCUUUUGUGGGUAGGGUCAAUUAAGCCUGCUCAGCGAGGGCGAGAUUUCCAAGAGAUAUUUGCAUGAAGAGUUAACAAGCAUCUGCCUUCCUUCCCGUCAGGAUAUAUGACAUGAUAUCGGAAAAACAGUUACACAAGAAGGUUUAAACUGGUCUUUGCCUUACCUAACCAGCUUCACAAACCCCCUUACUAGUCAUACCAGUGGAAUUGUCCAUUCAGCCAUAUAAAGCGACUUCAUCAUU